AUGCAACGCGUCAGCUCCGAUGGCGCUUCUAUACUCACCCACCAGACCUCGAGGACCUCUAUACGCAUACCGCAAUUCACCCUAGAGAAGUUCGCCAGCAAAGACUUUCUAGUCAAGGAUUUUAUCGAAGACCUUUCCCAGGCCGCUGUACCUGCGACACGACGAUCCGGAGGCGCUGGCGGGCAGCAGACGUUCGACCCAAAACCACUUAUCCGAACCUUUGAACAUGCCCUGAGAAGCCUCAACAGUCUAUCCGAGGACCUUGAGGAGAAGGAGACAGAUCUCUCUGGAGCCGUCCGGCGGGCAGAACUCCAACACAACCAGAAUGUCGAGUCCUUAGGGAGGCGGCUGGAACAGGCCAUGGAUAGAUUUCAGAGGCUGGACAACUCGCUGAACGGAAACGAUGAUGGGGGAUCAGAUACGGGUGGCAACGUUGCCAUGCGCAUAGGAGAGCGGCUCGAAGAGCUUGAUCGCCAACGGAAGAGGGCUCUAGACGCAAAGUUCCUGAUUGAGUGCUGGCAAGAGGUCAGCGAACGAGGCGAACUCAUGAUUCUUGAAGACCAACGGAAGAACGGAGAUAUCGUACGAUGUGCGGAAAUCGCGCGCCAGCUUCUGCGCAUUAGCACACGCCUUGAUCCAGACGGCAGUCAACGAGUCAACGGCGAUGUACCGAACGGGAUGAAACGCAGGACGACACACCAGCCGAGGCACAACACCAAGGAGGUCAUUGAGAAGUUCCUCGAGAACUUGGAGCAGGAUCUUCUCAGCAAGUUCCAGGAAUGCUACGCGCGUCCCAACUACCCUGGGAUGCGUGACUGUGCUAUCGCUCUCAAGGGUUUCAAUGACGGUGCAAGUGUUAUUGGAACUUAUGUCAACCAACAUUCAUUCUUCAUUGACCGCAUGCAGUUGAGCGGUGAGGAUCUUGGUACAGAUUUAGAGACAUGGGAUCGCCUCCAAGAUCCUGAUGCCGAACCGCCUGGCGUGGAACCGACGCUUCAGUCUUUGAUUGAUGAAGUCAAGAUUGUCGUCCAAGAAGAAUCCACCAUUAUCAAGCGAGCGUUUCCAUACUACGAAGAAGUCCUUAUCAAGUUUCUCGAACGCAUCUUCCAGCAGUCUAUUCAGUCCAGGCUCGAGAUGGUGCUCGACAAAGCUGGAGAUCUUUCGUCACUUGCUUUCCUGCGUUCGCUACAGGCUUCAAGAAGUUACAUUACUCAACUCGUGGAAGACCUCAAGACACACGGUUUAACAGAGCAUCCUGAACCUGCUACGUCAGCGGUUGCGGCUACACUUGACCAACAACUCGAGGAAUUAUUUUCCUCAUACUUUAUCGGUGAGAAGUACAUUGAACGAGAGAAGAAGAACCUUGAGGAGCUGUACUCUUCGUUGCUUCUCAAAUUUACCAUCUACCACUCGCGACGAAGCAAGAUGCCUACCUCAUACUUUGGUUCGCUCGCGCAAAGAGGCAAGGAGCUGGCUGCAUCUGCUCGUGACAAGUACAUGGAGCGUCUGGAAAGCACCGAGCUACCAGCUAGUCAGAAAGCUACUCUCCUCCGUAUCGCUGGACUGAAAGAAGACCAGCAAGAGAAGAAGGAUAUCGAGGUCACUGAUGAGGAUGGUCGGCUGUCACUACCAGUAGCCAAGCGAAUGCUCAAGUGGCUAGCAGAAGGUGUCGGACGUGGACUGGAGCUGUCACCUGGCAACGAGACACCAAAGGACGUGCAAAUACUGCUUAAUUUGCUCCUGAGGCAGAUGGGCGAAAUGUAUUUGGAGACGGCCCUGGACGCUGCACAAGAUCACGCCGCAUCGCAGGAAAACUCCAAGACACUACCAGAUCUCACCCACCUCCCCUCUCUGCACACCAUUACCACAAUGCUGCAUCUCCUACAACAAACCACUACUACAAUCCUCCUGCCUUUAUGCACACCCAACCUUACCAUUCGUCGCGAGAUUGAAAAGUCUAUUAAUCAGACAAUGGCCACACUUGAGGCGAAACUCUCCAAUAUCCUUAAUCUCACAAUAACCGCCUCACUGAAUUGGGUUAGCAAAUGCCUUGCCCAACAAAAGAAAACAGACUUUCGGCCAAAGGAGGAAGACCUUAUGGUAACAAGCGAGACCCAAGCAUGCCGUGAGGUCUCUGCGUUCCUUGCACGUGUUGCAUCUCAGGCCACCUCCGCCCUAUCCGGUCGCAACCUCUCGCUCUUCCUUGCUGAGCUAGCGCGUGGUCUCCGCUCCCUCGUCUUAGCUCACCUACUGAAAUUCUCCAUUUCACAAGUCGGUGGUCUCAGCGUAUCGAAGGAUAUGAACCAGUAUGUUGAAUUGGUGCGAGCAUGGCCGACGGGCGAUGAGCUGGAGCCUGGUGCUAUGGAUGUUUUGACAGAUGUUAGCACAUUGUUUAUUAUUGGGCCAGAGGCACUCAGAGAUCGUUUGAGGGCUGCAGGUGGACAGGAUGCGCAGGAAUUGAAGGGUUUCAUUGCUAGGAGAGAUGAUGUGGGAACUGUCGGUGUGCAGAGUGUGCUCAAUGGAGUAUAA